AUGGAUCUCGAAUACUGCGAGUUUUGCAAAUGCAGCCUAACCACAAAGUUGAUGACUAAGCAUUUGAAAAUAUCGCAUGGCGUGAAAACGCCAAAAGUGAACAAGCUGCAUAUACGAAACGGCGGAAAAUGUAGGAAAUGCAACGAACGUUUUACAAGUACCAGAGAGUACUACCAACACAGAUACAAGAAGCAUUCUAAAAGGAAAGAAAAGCUCGACGUUGUAUGUUAUAUCUGCGGCAAAGUGUACAGCACGAAUACUAUCGCUGAACAUAUUAAAAAUAUCCACGCCAGGAAGAGGAACUAUAAAUGCCAAGAGUGCGGAAAGUCCUUUGCGAAUAAGUACAAGUUGGACAGACACAUGAUAGUGCACACUAAUGAGUUCAAACACCAGUGUACGAUAUGCAACAAAAUGUUCAAGAUGGUAUAUUCGUUGAAGGUACAUACGAAAAUGCACGAGAACAAAGCUUCGUACGAGUGUAUAGUCUGCGGCAAGAGCUUCAGCACGAAACAGUCUAGGGAUAAUCAUCUGAGGAAGCAUACGGGGUUGGAAAAGUCGAAAAAAGCUUAG